AUCGCUAGGCAUGCCGCAGACGGAAACUAAAGCACCUGCAGUUGCACUGGCAACAUCGUCGUUCACACUGGAAAGCCAAAAACAUGCAGCGGAAGGGCUGCAGCAACACGCCGUAAAUAUAACAAUGGAGAAGGAAUCUUGCGAAGAAACAUCGCCACGGUGCUUUCGCUCGACGAGAAGCUUUCAACCGAAGCGAGUGUCCGAGUUGCCCCCUCUUGAAUCGGAUUCCGAUUCCGACGGGGAUGGAAACUUAAAUUGUGCGAUCCUGAAUGAUUCAUUCCUACUGACGCCGUCGAAGUGCAUCGAGGAGGAUGACAGUGUGGACAAGAAGAUACCUGCCAAAACAACCCUCCGAACGGUGACGGAUGCCGUGCCGAGGUCACGCAUUAAGCUGGAAGAUAAGCUUCCUGCCGCGUACGCUGCGCCGGAAGGCGAUCCGAAAACGGUCAAGCGUGCCCCACUGGUUGAACGUAGCCAGCUCGAUCCCAAGCUGAUCAACGAUUCGUCACCGACCAAGUCCACGCGCAGCCAUGAUUCUGGGUAUGGUGCAAGCGCAACAGUCGACACGAUCGGCGAGCUUGCGGGAUCUUUACGCAGACCAACCAACAGACCCGUUCCAGUCGGCGUGCAAAGCCCAACACCACCGGAGACAGCACCUGAACGGAUGGAAGUGGAAAAGAAUCGUCAUCAGUUCGUGACUCCACGCGACAAGUUUCCGCUCGGGCAGCUGCGGGAAACUGGCUCAAAGAUGUUUACCUCGACCACGGUGCGCAAAUCACGCAACACGAUCGAAAAUGAGUUCAAGUCGCAGAAGGUUCUGUUCGCGACACCGGUGGUAAUGUCACGGCCACCGGUUAGCUUUCUACCCGACGAUAGUCUGAACUACUCGGUGGUCAACACACCGGACGGGGCGAAGGGAUCGAAACAUUUGUCACCCAUCAAGGAGCAGCAAAAUAUGGCCAAGCGAUCGACGAAUCAGCUCUUUGGUGGGUUGGACGCGCCUGAUAAGGUUGCUGCACCGAAUGUACCGGCUGUAGCCGCACCGGCAACGGUCGAAAGGAUGGUUGAAUCCGGCGAAGCACAACAACAGCAACCGAAGGAACGGCCAAUCGUAAUCAAUGGGAAGGAAUAUCUGGUGAUGAAAAAGCUAGGAUCUGGUGGAUCGAGUUCCGUCUUUCUUGCCAAACAGGUUGCGACGGGAUUGGAGUGUGCUGUUAAGCUCGUCAAUUUGAAUGGAGAUGCAAAUCUGGUCGAAGGCUAUCUAAACGAAACGAAAAUGCUUGCAAAGCUGCAGACGAACGAGAAUGUGAUUGCUCUUUACGAUUAUGCCCAUAUCCCUGAAGCAAGCCAACUGUUUCUGGUGAUGGAACGGGGCGAGAGCGAUUUGCAUCGAAUCCUGCAAGGGUACACAUCGGACAUUCCGCUGUACACGCUGAUGAGCAUCUGGUAUCAGAUGGUGCAGUGCGUGCACUACAUCCACGGCGAAGGCGUCAUCCAUCUCGAUCUGAAACCGGCCAACUUUCUCAUGAUUCGCGGCCGGCUGAAACUGAUCGACUUUGGCAUUGCGAGCAGCAUUUCGUUCGAUUCGACCAGUAUUAUGAAAUUUUCCCAGGCCGGCACAUUCAACUACAUCAGCCCGGAGGCACUGAUCGACACGUCGAGCGAAAUGAGCCCGGCCAACUCGCAGCCGCGCAUAAAAAUGUCGAAAAAGUCCGACAUCUGGUCGUUGGGCUGCAUCCUGUACCUGUUGCUCUACAAGCGGACCCCGUUCGCGCACAUCAAAAACGUCGUGACGAAGGUGAACGUUAUUACGAGUCCCAACACGGUCAUUGAGUAUCCACCGCUGGCCAGCUACUAUCCGGCCAUGCUGCUGGACAUUCUGAAACGGUGCCUACGGUACGACGCCAAAUCGCGUGCUUCCACGGCGGAUCUGCUAGAGUAUCCGUAUCAUAUGGUUAUCCCGCUGAACAAAUAGGAUGGUCACAAAUGUUUCACAGGCAUGGCUUGGCUGGCUCAGCGUACGUUUGUAUUUGGUAUUCUAUUUAUACUGUUGAUGAUUUUUAUGUAUACUACACUUUCACCCUAACAACUAUAGCGCAUUAUUAAGAGGAUUUAAAAUACUGUAUCGAAUAAACCAUAUAAAUGACGAACGAAAACAUUGGUAU